UUUGAAAACGUUUUCUGAAUAGAUUAAUUUUUGACUAUCAAUUGCCAGUUACCGUUUGUGAAUUUAAGUUAAACCUAAUCUUCCUUAUUAUUUUACAUUCAUCAAGUGUCGUAACUUGUUUGUGCCAAGGAUAAAGCUCCCGAGUUACCCUUUGAAGUCUCACAGGAAGCUAGGAGCCCAAACAAAAGGCCAGUGACACCACCUCUCACCUACAAAUAAGACUAUCCACAGACGUUUCCAUCACUUCACCAUGGAUCACAUCAGAGUUGGCAUCCUUGCUAUUUUUUUGCAGUGUUUUAUCACAAAGAGCGCAUUUUUCAUUCAGAAACAAGAAUGGAUUCAAACUUCUGCAGCAAGAUUAACAGAAGAUGUGGUUUGCUUUCCUGAAUACAUGGAGAUGUGGAUGCACAGUGCAAGAAUUGAGGAGUUCAGGGUCUGGCUGUCGAGGGCGCUAAGUAUCCAAGCCAACCUUGCAUCUCUGGACCACCUGAAUCUCCAGCUGUCUGCCUGUGGAUUCUCACUGCAAAACGACCCCGACGAUAACUACGUUUUUAGAGUCAGCUACACCGGGUGUUUUGUUCGGCAGCAGAAUGGCUUUAAUGUCUUAACAUUAAAUUUGGUGCGGAGGAUGAAUCGAUUUGGAAGCCAGCAUCACAGUUUCACGAUGAAGUGCCCUGUGAUGUCUGUGGUGCAAAGCAGAGAGCAAAUCCUCUGUGACCCUGAAUAUGUUCAGGUGAUCAGAGAAAUUCCCUAUGGAAACUGGGAUAAUGAGCUGCAGUGGUCGCUGUGUCUGGACGAUCACCUCCUUGUAGCUCUGGAGGAUGCCAGCUUGAUUCAGAUGAACAUUGAUGUGAAUGUAACAGACAUAAGAGUUCAGGGCAGGAGGAGGGAGAUCUUAAGGCCUGUCAACAUAAUGGAAAAUGAAGGGGAAUUUUUGGAUUUGAAGCUGGUCAGAGACAGAUAUGCCUACAGUAUGGAAGCAACUUGUCCAAAAGUGAACGCAUCCACGGCAGACAAGACUGUGCUGCACAUCCUCAAACGCCGAAUGGGUUUGACCAGAAGAGGCACCGAUCACAAUGAAGCACUAACACUCAGUGACCUGUCAGUUAUCCAGACAGUUACUUUCACAGUGCAUGAGACGAGUGAAUUUGUAACUCUGUCCAUUCCCACAGCCCAAAUACUCCAGACAAAGCCCUGCACAGAUGACAACCGGCUCCUGCAGCCGUUCUACAGGGUGGAUGCUGUGCUCACCUUCAGAGAGACAAAUCACAAAAUGCACUGGACCAUGGAGAGCACGCUGCCAUGCAUAGCUGCACCUAAAAACACAUCAUCACAUGUCACAUCUUCUCCUGGCCCAAACAACAUAAGCCCGUCCACACUCGACUCUACACGUGAGACUGUAACUACGGACGAGCCUUUGCCCGACCUCGUCACCAUCCCAGAAGAAAACCUAAAAGAGAGAGAUUCGUUCAAGCCUGCAAAGUUUCCCACAACUAACCUUCCUCACAUGCAGAGAGAGGGCCGCAGUUUUAAUAUCCACGCUGACGAGAUAAUAAGGGAUGAUGUGUCUACUUCAGUGUUGGAUAAUGGCACCAGUAUCGACAUUAACACGAAUACAACUAGUUUAUUUGAUUUUCUACAUGCAGCUACAAAUGUUUCUGUAGAGUCAGACUUGCUUACGUCAGCAGCCACAGCCCAAACACCACAUAUGUCUCUUACCACGCUGGCUCAGCCUGAUGAAGAGCACCAGGAACUCAACACAACCAGUAGGAACGAACAACAGCAAAAGGAGAAAAAACCGCAGUGGAUUUGGUAG